AUGUCUGAAAAAAUGGCUGUGAACCAACCGAGGCCCUUCAUCCCAACGUCUUCCUCCAACCAGUGGACGUCUGGUAUCUGUGACUGCUUACAGGACCUGCCCCAGUGUUGCUUCGCCUUUUGGUGUCUUCCUUGCUUCACCUGUAUAACAGCACGUGAGGCCGGGGAGUGUCUGUGUUUACCUCUGCUGGAUGGUUUUGGAGUCAUCCCUCCCAUGACCACAGCCCUCAGGGUGUCUGUACGCCAGCGAUACGGCAUUGAGGGUACGGUCUGCAACGACUGUGUGUACGCCUUCUUCUGCGGGCCCUGCACCUGGUGUCAAAUAUCGAGAGAAAUCAAAACAAGGACGAGCCCUAUUACCUUGGCCACCAAGUCAUGA